CACGGCGCAGAAUAGAAGACGCGUCCCACCUGAGAACCGGAAGAGAGCUGCCCCCUCCUCCCCUUGCCAUCCGCCGCCGAUGGCGUCCGCCCCCGCCCCCGCCCCCGCCACCGGCGCGGCGGUGGUGUUCGACUUCGACCGCACCAUCAUAGACUGGGACAGCGACGACUGGGUCAUCACCAAGCUCGGCGCCGCCGACGCCUUCCUACGCCUGCGCCCCACUAUGCGCUGGAACCCGCUCAUGGACAGGAUGAUGGCGGAGCUGCACGCGCGGGGGAAGACGGCGGAGGACAUCCGCGACUGCCUCAGGAGCGCGCCGCUCGACGCGCACGUCAUCUCCGCAAUCAAGACGGCGGCGGCGUUAAGGUGCGACCUGAGGGUGGUCAGCGACGCCAACACCUUCUUCAUCGAGACCGUCCUGGCGCACCACGGCGUGCUCGGCUGUUUCUCCGAGAUCAGCACCAACCCAGCGCGCGUCGACGCUGAUGGCAGGCUCAGGAUCUCGCCGUUCCACGAUACUGCGGCCGCGCCCCACGGGUGCAGCCUCUGCCCUGAGAACAUGUGCAAGGGCAAGAUAAUUGAGAGGAUCCAGGCAACAGCUGGCACCAAGAACCAGCAUUUCAUCUACAUAGGUGACGGGAAGGGAGAUUACUGCCCAUCCCUUAAGCUGGGUGAAGGGGACUAUGUCAUGCCAAAGGAGAACUACUCCCUGUGGAAACUCAUCUGCAGCAACAAGCAGCUUCUCAAGGCUGAAGUUCAUCCAUGGAAUAGUGGCGAGGAACUGGAAAAGACUCUACUUAAGUUGGUCGACAAGAUAAUCACCCCACCUGCACAGGUGUCCCAAUUUGAUUGCAGCAAAUGCGAGAUGAGCAAACCAGCAUCCACUGAAGUAGGCCACCAUCAGGCUCUCCGUGUGCCACACUGACCAGUGAUCAAUUCUUAGUUUACAAGUACAGGCAUGAGUGCCUGAUUUCCGUAUGCCUCCACUGAUAGAAGUCCUCAGUCUGCAUUAUUGAUAGAAGUCCUCAGUCUGCAUUCAAAAUGUAGCGAUUUAGCAGAUGGAUACUCUGGGCACUAUCACUCAAUAAACUGUAGCAUGACAUCGAAAAAUAUUAAUCGAGACUGAAUUGCUAGUGACGCAAGUAAAUACAUAUCCAAGUUUCCAGAGCCGAAA